AUGGGUGUCGGUGCGCGCGCGCAACUCGGGGCUGUGCUCCUGCUGACGCUGACGGCGUGGCUGGCGGACGCCGUUCCCACAGCCAACAGCAACCGGCCGGACAUUCUGCCGACGGACUGCGGCCGCCGCACCGUGCGGCCGGACGAGGCGCUCCGACCGUUCAUAGUCGGGCCGGGCAACACCACCGCCUAUUAUGGCCAGUACCCGUGGCAGGCGCGGCUGGUCAUGUACGAUGCCAAAGUGAAGGGCUACGUACAUUACUGCGGAGGCAUCAUUGUCUCGCACGAACACGUGGUGACGGCCGCCCACUGCGUGGUUGAGGUGGCCCCACAUCGGCUGCUAGUGCGUGUCGGAGACCUCCGAUUUGACGACCGCGAGCUGUUUGAGCAGGAGUUUGCCGUCGCCAGCUACCAUGUGCACAGCCGGUUCGGCGCGGGUGCUGGCCUCCGGCACGACGUGGCCCUGCUGCGGCUACGUCGCCGCGUCGGACCCGGCAUCGAGUUCGGCCGCUACGUGCAGCCGGCAUGCCUGCCGGCAGCCGGCGCCGAGUACGAGACGUUUCUGCUGUGCGAGGUGUCCGGCUGGGGGCGCAUGGCGGACCUCGCGCCCAUCUCGGAGGUGCUGCGCGGCGUCUCGGUGCCGCUGGUGUCGGACGCCUUCUGUGGCGCACCCGAGGUGUACCAGGACCGCUUCCUGCCCGGCGCUAUGUUCUGCUCGGGCCCGACGGGUGGCGGCGCCGACAGCUACUGUCCCGACCUGCUGCCGGCGGACGGCGAGGACCUGUCAGUGACGCUAAACCGGCCUCUCUGCGGCCUGGAUGCGGCCAACACACCGCUGCUCUGCUGCCCUGGCCAGAAACCGCGCCGCGUCGGCUGCGGACGGAGCAGGUUUUCGCCACCGUCGCAGCUGGGCGCUGCGUUCGCCAAAAACGCCGCCAACUUUCCUUGGAUGGCGGCCAUCUACGAAAGGCGAGAGGGCGGUGGAGGACACCUCUGA